AUUUGGACUUUCCAAAGGCAACUCAGGUCUGCAGCAACUGAUACAGAGGAAGUUGCGGAACCAUAGAGCGAGCGUUUCUAUAACGACCGGACGUUUUUCUCGGGCGGACCAAGUAACCUCCAUGACAUGGAUGUAUGAAACAAUUGACAGCAAUAGCGAGUCAAUGCUGGCCACUCUGUCCACGAUGAUGUCUCAUGGUUUCAAGAGCAGUAAGCAGAACUUUACCUUUGGACAAUGGAAAGUGACUGCUGCCAAAAAUCACAUUAUGAAAUCCAAAGACGUCGAAAGGUUAGCAGAAGAGAUGAACAUGCCUUCCCUUCCAGAGAUGCUGUUUGGAGACAACUUCUUACGUAUCCAACACCUAGAUGGCUAUGGCAUUGGAUUCAAUGCCAUUGAUGCCCUUAGGAGAGUAAACAACAUGGAGGAUGCUGUCAAGGUGGCCUGUGCUCAAGAAUGGCAGGAAAGCAGGGCUGAUUCUGAACACUCAAAAGAGGUGGUGAAACCUUACGACUGGACAUACACCACAGACUACAGAGGCACUCUAAUGGGAGAAGAUAUGCAGAUAAAGGUGACUGAGACAGCAGAGCGUAUCGAUAUGGAGAAGCUGAAGGCUCGAGAACAGAUCAUGUUCUUUGAUGACGUGCUGCUGUUUGAGGAUGAGCUGCAUGACCACGGAGUGUCAAUGAUCAGUGUAAAAAUUAGGGUGAUGCCCACCAGUUUCUUCCUGUUGCUGCGUUUCUUCCUACGUGUGGAUGGAGUGCUGAUAAGAAUAAAUGACACUCGACUGUAUCAUGAGGCUGGAAAUAAUUACAUGCUACGAGAGUUCAGCACCAGAGAAAGCAAAAUAGCGGAACUAAAGAAUGUUCCUGCUGCACUGUACACUGAUCCAAAUGAGAUCGCCCAGCACUUGUCACUGAAGCUGACAGUGUAUGAGAAACUGGAAUUUCCCGUGCCACAUGCUCAGACAGCUGUUAAUGAAGUUCUCCAGUGACCAGUACACUAUAAGAUCCAGGAUCCCCGAUGCAGCCACAUCGUGAACGUGAAUCUUGACCAUGAUGAUGGAUGGCAGAUUGUGAUCAUGGAUCGUCAUCAUGGUGGCAGCUGAACAUGGAUUUUCAAUACAUCUAUAUUGCUCCCUUCAUCUUUUCUUUUCUACGAAGAUUAAAAUACAAAUACAUUGAUAAACAUCUUCAUUUUAGUUAGACACUGCCUUUUCUUAUCAAUAGUGUAAAUAUUUCUAUUUUAUUGAUGUGCUCUGCUACUUGCAGCAUCUGUUGCACUUCUGUUUGUCCUGGGAGAGUGAUCCCUCACGCAUUGCUCACUCUUAUGUUUCUGUUUUUUUUCCUCCUGUUGAUAGACGGGAGGAGGGGGGGUUAUUUUGUAAUUUGUGUAUGUGGUCCACGUUUCCCGUAUUUUUUGUAUUGAUCAGAUCUUAGGCAGAAAGUUAACUUCUCCAUGCAGUGUAUUUCAUUAACAUUAUCGGCCACAUCGUCCAUCAUACAGCUUCUUGCUCGCCACCAGUAAUACUUUUUAAAGGUACUCAUCGUGAGUCCUGAAAUUAUCUUGGAUUUUGCCCAAGUAUAGUGUGACAAAAUAACAGUCAACUUCCAUUCCAAAGAUAUUCCUUAUUUCUUUUGCAACCUUUUGCCAAUAUGAUUGAUCAGAGGUCAGCCCUAAAGGAUAUGGUCCGCCAUUGAUUAACCACACUGCCUCUUGCAGAUAUCUUGACCCCGAUAACCCUGCUGUACAAAUUUCUGAAAAUUGUAAAAUGUUCCUUUAUCAUGAUUCUUGCCACGACAUUGAGUUGUUAGUCCUAACUUGACACUCCCAGAUAUCACGCCAGUCCUUCAGAAAUGUUCAGCCAGAGUUAAUCUCCCAUUUUUGUUUGACCUGAACGGUACAAUAAUGGUUAUAUAUUUUGGAUAUAUGAUGUUUGUUGUCACUAUUCUAAUAAGAAUCAAUAAAUAUAUUGACCAGAUUGGCCCACUGCC